AUGAUCAUCAAGAUUGCUUCUACAUUUGCUGUGUUCAGCUUGACCCUCCUAGGAAUGAUGCCAUCCAUUGUAGUUGCAUCAGCAAGGGAUUCCUGCGUCCCGCGAUGCGCUCCUGGCAUCCCAACACCCUGCAUCAACACACAGAGCUCUGUAACAGGAAAGGCCAUCUGUGUUAAGGAUGGAGCAGUUGGUAAUACUCAGAAGUGGAGACCAGCAUGUAAAAAUGGCAGUGUUCGAAGUUGUCCUGAUAAUGGUGGCCCUCCUAAUUGUGAUGGCUGUCCUAAACAAGUGGCUUUUCGUAAAAAUCCACAUUGA